UUAAUAAGAAAAAAAGAAAGUAGAAGAAGGUCAGCCGUCAGCAACCGAACACAAAUCAUUCCCCACUCCAUCAACAAGGGGUUGCCUAAAAUUCCGUUUUUGGAUUUGAGGUUUGCUGAAGAUCCAUGGGUAUGAAGUGGGUCGGUGUUGGAUCCGUUUAUCUGUUAAUGGGUUUGAUCGUAGGAGCUCUAAGAUUGUGCAAUGGAGGAAUUAGCAGUAGCUAUGCGAGAAGCAACGACAUCAGUGCUGACAUGCCAUUGAACAGCGAUGUUUUUGCAAUUCCUCAUGGUUAUAAUGCCCCUCAACAGGUUCACAUAACACAAGGGGAUCAAGAAGGGAAGGCAGUGAUUGUUUCUUGGGUUACACCAGAUGAACCUGGUUCAAAUGAAGUCUUUUACUGGGCUGCGAAUAGUGACCUCAAAAAACGCUCAGUGGGAACCGUUGUCACCUACAAGUACUACAAUUACAGCUCGGGUUACAUCCAUCACUGCACCAUCAAGAAUCUCCAAUAUGAUACCAAGUACUUUUACGAGAUUGGGGUAGGAAAUACAACACGACAGUUCUGGUUUACCACGCCUCCUGAAGUCGGCCCUGAUGUUCCUUACACUUUUGGUCUUAUUGGGGAUCUUGGUCAAACGUUUGACUCCAACCGGACUUUGACUCAUUACGAGUUGAACCCAGCAAAAGGGCAGGCGGUGCUGUUUGUUGGAGACCUUUCUUACGCAGAUGCGUAUCCGUUGCAUGAUAACAAUAGGUGGGAUUCAUGGGGAAGGUUUGUAGAAAGAAGUGUUGCUUACCAACCGUGGAUUUGGAGUGCUGGGAAUCAUGAAAUCGAUUUUCUUCCUGAUUAUGGUGAAACAAGACCAUUCAAGCCUUAUGUGCACAGGUACUUUGUGCCAUAUAAAGCAUCAAAGAGCACAUCUCCUCUUUGGUACUCCAUCAAGAGAGCUUCUGCAUACAUAAUUGUUAUGUCUUCUUAUUCGGCUUAUGGAAUGUACACACCUCAGUAUAAAUGGUUAAUAAGCGAGCUCCCCAAAGUGAACCGGAGUGAGACACCAUGGCUUAUUGUGGUUAUGCAUUGUCCGCUGUAUAGUAGCUAUGUGCAUCAUUACAUGGAAGGGGAAACGAUGAGAGUGAUGUACGAACAGUAUUUCGUUAAGUACAAAGUUGACGUUGUCCUUUCUGGCCAUGUUCACGCCUAUGAACGAACUGGCCGUGUAUCAAAUAUUGCUUACAACAUCGAAAACGGAUUGUGCACUCCUAGAAAUGACGGAUCUGCCCCUGUUUACAUAACCAUCGGUGAUGGAGGAAACCAAGAAGGAUUACUCUACGAAAUGGUCGAGCCUCAGCCGAAGUAUUCAGCUUAUAGGGAACCGAGCUUUGGGCACGGUAUAUUUGAUAUUAAAAACAGGACUCAUGCGUAUUUCGGGUGGCACCGUAAUCAAGAUGGAUAUGCAGUCGAAGCAGAUUCUUUGUGGUUUCAAAAUCUGUACUGGAAGUCGUCACAAGAUUCAUCCGCUGCUGCAUCGUUCUCAGUAGCCUAAACCCGGAAAUGAAUAGGUUCGCACUCGUUAUUCGAUCAUUUCCGAUCUUGGUUUUCCGAGUUUAGAGUUUUUGAUAUGAUUGCAGGAGAAGUUGAUAAGUUUCUGUCCUUGGUGAGGUUGGAUGAUAAAAAUGUUUGGAA